UUGUCUGGAAUUCAGCAUCGAGUGUCGAGAGAAAAAUAUCUAACGGUAGAUAUAAGUAAACAUGGAGUUGUCGGCGGUCGGGGAGAGGGUAUUCGCGGCGGAAUCUAUCAUCAAACGCCGAAUAAGACGAGGUCGAAUGGAGUACCUAGUGAAAUGGAAGGGAUGGUCUCCCAAGUACAGCACAUGGGAGCCGGAGGAGAACAUCCUGGAUUCCCGUCUGUUCGCCGCCUUCGAAGAAAGGGAGCGUGAGAGGGAGCUCUUUGGACCGAAAAAGAGAGGACCGAAACCGAAGACCUUUCUCCUGAGAGCUCAGGCCAAAGCCAAAGCCAAGACAUAUGAAUUUCGGAGUGAAGCAGAAAGGGGGAUUCGCGUUUCAUUUCCAAAUCCUGAGCCUGUCAUCACCCCAAGGGCUCGGGAGGGCUUGCGAACGAUAGUACCCAUGAUUUUCCCUCCCAGCACUGUUAACAGGGGGGACAGUGUCCGGGUGCGGCCUGUGGAAUCACUGCGGGAGCACCGGCCCCCUAUGUUACACAAACCAUCCCCAGAUGAAUUUGUGUCAGUGCCCAAGAAGAGGGGGCCUAAACCCAAGCUGCGUUUCAAAGACAGCCUAAGUAGCGGUCCAUCCCCUGAGCAUGCAAAAAGGAGGCUGGAGGAACAAAUGGCUUAUGUCCCAGUAAAAAUGAGAAAAGCUGAGCGUUCAGAGGGUGAGAAGAUGGACCUGCCUCUGAGGAUGCUCAAACUGGCACGGAGGCAUCCGGAAGAUCCCGGGUACACACAGAAGCAGGUGUUCGCCAUGCCCGGCGGAAGCUCACAACACUUCAGUGCCUACAGGAGCUCUUACAGACACAGGGAGAGCUCAGAUCUUCAGAGCUGCCGGACUAAAGACUGCUCAGGUGGCGUGUCCUCUCUGCACUCAAAACUGAACCGCAUGUCAAAGAGCAGUAUGUGCCAGCCUGAUGUCCCGUCAUCCCCAGGGCAGCCUUCUCUCAUUGCCAAGAUCCCCAUGUCAAGGAUCCUGGGAGAGCCCGAGGAAGAUUCCUGGAGCCCCUGCCUGAACAACAUCGAGAAAGUUGUGGUAACGGACAUUACUACAAACUGUGUGACGGUGACCAUUAAGGAGAGCAGCACAGAUAAAGGAUUCUUCAAAGAUAAAAGAUAAUUCAGUAAUAUCUUUCUUUUGUAAAACGUUUUCAUCAGAUUAUUUUCUUUGAGAGUAAUUGCGAAUUAAUGGUAUCAUGUAACAUUUAUGUUUUUUAUAUGACUGUACAGAGGCAAAGAUUAUAAAUGAAUAUAUGUGUGUACACAGAUGUUGAAUGUAUGAUUAGGUUAAAUUCUCAAACAGUGUGUAGGUGAUGUAUGAUUUUGCUUGGCAUAAACUCUACUUAAAGGAUUGCAUGUACCGAACAUGCUGAGCUGCAAGGUGUUUGUGUAGAAAACGCAAAUGCCACAGUAAUUUUUUUUCCCCCCAUUGCCUGAUGUCCAAACGAGUUGCCUAAUCGUUUUUGUAGCAUAGGGUUUGCCGCCUUGUAGCUAUGUAUACUACAAGGAAGCCUCGGUUCGGUAGGCUGAAUGCUGGGUUGUGUAAGCAGAACGAGUCUAAGUAUUUUGAUGGAGUUAAAUGGAAGCUGUAUGUAUAUAUUUAGCCUUUUCACUGAGUGCACAAUGUGCCAUUGGUUUUCGUUGUGGAAGGUCUCUGAAUGUGUGAAAAAGGAGUGGAGGGAUUCCUGUUUGCUGUACGUUUUCACAGCACCUUCAUUGUCUUUCCAAGUGGACAUUGACCCCUUUUCAUUAACCAUCCUUCUGGACUCAGUGUGAGCUACAGAUUGGAAAGGAGCAGAACAGUGAUUUAAAAUGUUGUUUCCUCAGAAGCGCAGUAUUAAAUUCAUGCGAUGCCAUAACAGCUGUCAGUUAUGUAUUUGCGGUACAUUUUUAAAGGUCCUGGUCACAUGACGUGAAGCUCUUGUAAAAAAGCUGCGUGAAGUGUGACUCGAACGGGUUCAGGAACUUUGGAAACGGAUCUUUUUGCGGCUUCAUGAACCCGGUCAGUCAACGUGCGCAGGUUUUGAAACGAUCAGCGGAACCCUGGUGUAAUAAUACUGUACAUGUAAACGGUCCUCGAUGCCCAUAGUAAACUGC